AUGAUAGGGCGCGGCGGCUCUGCCCAGGUCUUUCGAGGGAACCUCAAUGACGGCACGCCCGUCGCCGUCAAGAGGAUCAACAUCCACGGCGGACACACCAUGACCGGCAACAUCCUGCUCGACCACGACCUCCGCGCGCACGUCUGUGACUUCGGCAUCUCCCUCUCCAUCACCCGUGGCCUCAACAGCAUCGUCGACAUGGAGCACCUCAAGGGUACAUUCGGGUAUAUGGCGUCGGAGAUGCUCUAUAGCGUGGUGUCCGACAAGUCCGACGUGUUCCGUUACGGCAUGACGCUCCUCGAACAUGUAUCCCUCAUUGGAGACGUCGGACCUCACUCAGGACUACUUCUCAUACAUCGUACGUGA